AUGGCUGUUCAUCCAUUCUUGCCCGGCCUUAGGGUCGAAAUCAUCGUCAAUAACGCUCUACUCCCUGAGUACGACGACGAUAGCGACACUCCCGCGUCACCGACGACGGUCACGAAAUACGUCGAAGCAACAUCUGGAGCCAGCUUCGCGAUCAAAGUAUCACUCAUAGAAAAGGAAUUUCCUUUCCCGAAGGGUUACAUUGAAGCUGCGGUCAGUCUCGAUGGGCGAAGGUUGAUGAGUGCAAUCAUACCCGAAGCCUAUUUCUUCAAACAUAGAAUGAUUGAGGGUCGUCAGUCCCAAAUCGGCGAACAUUAUAAGAUACAGAGAUUCCGCUUCGCUGAGCUCGAAAUCAAUGCUCUUCGGAUCCUGGGUCUCGUCCCACGCGAGCCCACCCCUCCACCUCUAGAAGAGCGGCCUGAAGAUGAGCUCACUCCGGAUGAGCUACGCCAACUCGUCAAGCGGUUCAAGGAUCGCGACGCAGCUGCAGUCAAGGUGAAGAAAGAAGCCGUUGACAAGCGCAAGCGGGUCGAUGAGGCUGUCGAAGCCAGCGAUGACAAUGAGAUUACAAUUGUAGGGUCUAGAGAUCGAAAGCGUCACCGCGGUGCGAAUGACGAGGUUAUCGUGCUGGACUAG